AUGGCGGCUGCAGGCGUCCGCCGGGUGUUCUCUGCCCGCCACGACCCCAGCGGGCUUGUCCCGCCCGCCUUCCAGCGCCGCAGGCUGAGGGAUCGGCAGCGGGAUCGGGAUCAGCCCAGCGGGGCUGGCGGCUGUGGGGGGGCGCGGGGGCUACAGGCGCUGUGGGUUUCCCUGCCCGCCUUGGCUCCUGCCGCGCUCUUGUGCUUGUUCUUCCCCGGAGCUCUCGAGGUGUUGCUCACACGCCGCCUCUGCAGGGUAGGAAGUGCCUUUGGUAACCUCCUGCCUUUUGCUGUAAUGCCAGAUCCAAGCCAGAUGCAGCUUCGGAGUCCAGGGAAGGAGAAACAGCAGUCUGAGGGCCUAACCAUGCCCAGCAAGACACCCAUGUCACCUUGGGGUAGAAAUCAUUCUGGAUGAAUCUGUGUGAAUAAAGAAACCGAGGAAUAGAGUGGUAACCUUGCAGAUUACCCAUCUGGGUGACCUACAGAAACAAGAAUAAAGUCCAUUUUUUUUGAGAUCUAAUCCAGUGCUUUGCAACAUAAACUAUUUUAACUCUUGCAAACAUUAUGGAAAUGAUUGCUAGGAUCCCAAAUUGAGGAGACUGAGGAGCUUACACUGAUGAAAUAGCAGGCAACCUGACAGUCAGGUUGUAGAUCUUAAGAAGAAUAUUCUUCCCAAGAAGAUGGGUGGCAGUCAGAUCAAAGGCCUAAAGAUCCACUAUAAAGUAGUAUUUUAUUAUUAAAACGAGUACUUCUCAUUUUUAGGUGUAUUUGUUAUUCAUUAUGUUAGGUUGUAGUCUUUCCAAAAACCUUUAUGAUAGCCUGUGUCUAACUCUUGUUAUGUAGAAUGCAUUAUGACUUCACACAUUUUUAAGUUUUGUGUGAAGUUUUGUAAGAAUAUAUUAUAAAAGAGGCCACUUUAAUCUUCUUGGUCAUUUCUCCUUGUACCUUGUGCCUCACAAAAAGUUCUCACCUCCAAAUUCAUUUUCCAUAAUUCACAGAGGCCUGAAUAUGCAAUUACCUCAAAAGGGAAAAGAUUCAUUUACUCUUCUGCAGAACAUAAACUCUCCUGAAAAUAACCACCAAUUGAAGGCAUUUGUAUACAGGCUCCUUUUAUAAUAAACCACUGAGUGCCUCAGCUCCAGAAGCAGCAAGAAAGAUAACAAUUCAAUUAACAAAAACUGCUGCUUUGAGAAAUGUGGUUUCCAUCUCAAAGUUACUUUAUUCAUCCCUAAUUAUACAUUGCUGAAAACUGUUAACCAUUAUUAGAGGCAAAUAAGUCUGAGAUUUGGGGGUUUGGCUGGUUUUGCUUGCUGUAAGCUUCACAGGUAUACACCUCCACCUCCAUAAUGAUCUUUUCUUUCACUAAUCCUAGAUGGUGUAUAUUUUGUUUGUACCCAACUUUCCCUUUUAUUUGUAAAAUAAUGUGUGAAAUGUUCAAAGCAUUAGUGAUUUAGGAGCAGUUAAGAUAUUAAUUCCUCAGAAACACGUCAUUGUUACAUACAGUUGUGUUUGUUGUGCUGAGCAGGCCCAGCUGAGUUACAGAGGAAGUUAUAAAUAAGGCAAAAUAACUGUAUUAGAGCAGGUUGACCAAAAGCUUGUAGCUGUAUUUCUUUACAUGGAAGAUAAAAGAUAGAUGUAUGUACUGUCUGAAUAGAGAACAUGAUGUGCCAAAAUAAAUCCAAUAGUAUUUUAUUGGAAAAGUAAACUUAAUUUUGGAUUUUUAAAAAAUGGAACAUGCCAUGUAUAAAAUACAUAUUUGAUCAAGAUCAUUUCCUCUGGUAAUGUUCCUUCUGAGGUGAGAGUUUUAAUGACAAGGAAAAGAUACUUCUACAUCUAUGGAAUUUAAAGCCUGCUGCUGUCAAGUGGCCAGGACCCGUGUUGAAGUGUCCUACUCUUAGUAAAUUUAAAAUGUUUAUACUUUCUGUCUCAAGUAGUAGAAAGAACACCAGCAACUGCUUCCAUGUUUAGAAUUCUGUGGAGUCUGCUACCUGUGAGCAGACUCCACUUAAAUAAAGUCUCUGGAAUUACUAAUUGCUAACCUCAUUCUUGACAUACUUCAGCCUCCAACAGCCUGCUGCAACUUCUGUUACACCUUCUGGAAUUCUAUCUAUAGCAAUUGCUUUCUCUCCCCAGUUGGCUCCAAGCCAGAAAUAUAUCCAUUUGCACAAAUGCUUCUUAACCUUGUUCACACUGGGAUGGGGGGAGAAGGGGGGAGUCAUAUUUUUUCUUUCUGCUUGUCUAGUUGGUGGAUACUUUUAUAGUAAAUUCAGUACUUGCCAUGUUCACUGUGUAAUGGCCAAGUGGUUACAAUGCCUUUUCCAAACUACUGUUUGUUUCACUUUAAGUGCACUGAAUAAAACUAUUUCUCUG